UGCAUCGUGAUUUCAUCCGAGCGCAGCUGCGAGACACGCUGGAAUCCAAACGGGCUUUUUCUAUGUGCAAACAUUUGUUUCUGAGGCUUUUCCUCUCGCUAUCAUCCUCGUGCAGCGCAUCAGUGUUUUCUGUCUCACCACAUGAGUUGGAUUUUAAUACUGUGAAGCCUCAUGGAAUCAGACGCCGGACGGGUUUGGUCUCCUGCUGGAUUAAAAGCAUUGUUCAGUCAGAUGAGCGGCGCAGACAGACACUGAGAGCUGAGGUCGUGUCAGAAGAGCAGGCGAGGAUGAAACUGAAGCUCAGUAAAAGAAAUUCCCCCUGGGGGAGCCAUAGACAGAUGUGGAGCCCCUGGAGCCACUGACCUUGUGUCUGGAUGAUCUAUGGAUGGAGACCACCCGCCCUCAAGAGUCAGUCUUCCACUGCUGAGCAAUUCCACAUUGGCAGACGCAAACAAAUGUUGCUCGGUAAUUGCUGAGUGUCUACAGUCUGGGCGUUGGGUUCCUACACUCCAUUUUCACAAAGUUACCUUCCUGUUACAAGAAAAACGACCGUACUUAGUCUGGAGAACUCUGACCCACGAUCCAGCAAAUUCAAGCCAAGCUUCCGGGAAAGCCCAUGUAUCCUCACAUCACCUUCCAAUCGCAUGACCGUGAAAGAGGAAAGUUAUGGCAUCUCAUCGAGAAUGCUGAGGUCGGGCAGGCGUGCGGUCUAACAGGAUCAAUACAGCCUCGCUGAUUAAUGGGCAGAUUUCUCUUCCAUUUAGUGCACUGGGGAAGAAUCAUCUGCCAAGACCAAGAUUGUGAAACCAGGUCUCUUCGCUCUUUAAGAGUUGCAUUUCCAUUGCAAAGUAACCCUGCUCUAGACCUUUUUUGGCCCUUUGUAUCAUUUAACACUUUGUCUUCAGAUUUACAAUCAAUACGACUUUUGCAAUGCAGUGUGAAUUAAACUGUCAAUCAGACACAAUUGGCUUUGUGGUAGGAUAAGUUCUUUUUACUUUGUUCCUGAGUCAAGUUCACAAAAUAUUGGGAAUGCAAAUGCCUUUAAAAAUCACCGACCUGGGUUGAAAAGAUAGCCCCUCCAAACCAGCAAAGCUUGACCCUGCUGAUUAAUAGGCGGAUCUCUCUUCCAUUUAGUGCGCGGGGAAGAAUCAUUUGCCAAGACCAAGAUUGCGAAACACGUCUCUUUUUCAAGUGUUGCAUUUCUGUUGAAAAGCAAUCCCGCGCUGGACCGGUUUUGGAACUUUGUUUCAUUUUACACAAAUUCUUCAGAUUUACAAUUAUUCUGAGAAUAGUCAUCUGCCAAGACCAAGAUUGUGAAACAGGACUCUUUGGUUUUCAAGAGUUACAUUUCCAUUGAAAAGUAAUCCUGCUCUAGACCUUUUUUGGCACUUUGUAUCAUUUAACGCUGUAUCUUCAGAUUUACAACCCUUGCAAAGCCUUGAAUCAAACUGUCAAUUGGAAGCAAUUGGCUUUUUUGGUAAAAUACGUUAUUUUUACUUCAUUCCUGGGUCAAGUUUACAAAAUAUUGGAAAUGCAAAUGCCUUCAAAGUUAGCAGAACUGGACUGAAAAGACAGUCAAUCCAACCAGCACAGUAAAGCCUGACCCUGCUGAUUAAUGAGUGGAUUUCUCUUCCAUUUAGUGCAUCAGGGAAGAAUCUGCCAAGACCUAGACUGUGAAAUAGGUCUCUUUGGAUUUCAAAAGUGGUAUUUUUAUUGAAAAGUAAUCCUGUACUGGACCUUCUUUGGAACUUUGUAUAAUUUAGCACUGCUUCUUCAGAUUUAUGAUCAGUUAGAGAAGAAUCAUUUGCCGAGACCGAGAUUGUGAAACUAGGUCACUAGGUCUUCAAAAGUUGAAUUUCAAUCGCAAAUUAACCCUGCUGUAGACCUUUGUUGGCCCUUUGUAUAAUUUAACACUAUUCCUUCAGAUGUACAAUCAGUACAAGCCUUGCAAAGCAUUGUGAGCAACUGGCUUUUGGUAGGACAAUUCCUUUUCACUUUGUUCCUGGGAUAAGUUUAUGAAAUAUUAGAAAUGCAAAUACCUCCACUGUUCACAAAACUGGGAUGAAAAAGCAACUGCUCGAACCAGCUCCAACUUGAAGAGUCCUUCGAACCCAAGUGCAACGGAGUGGACAACAUUGCUGUGAGUGAGUGCAUGCGGUGGUGGCCCUCAGCAUGGUGUUGCCACCACCGGACAAGCGGCACGUGUGUCUUACCACCUUUGUCAUCAUGACCAGCAUGGCCUUCAUGGAUGCCUACCUGGUGGAGCAGAAUCAGGGGCCACGAAAGAUCGGCGUCUGCAUCAUUGUCCUGGUCGGGGAUGUCUGCUUUCUUAUCGUCCUCCGCUACGUGGCGGUUUGGGUCGGAGCAGAAGUGCGAACAGCACGACGAGGAUACGCCAUGAUCCUUUGGUUCCUCUAUAUCUUUGUGUUGGAGAUAAAGCUUUACUUUGUCUUCCAGAACUGUAAGGCUGAUCGCAAGAGUCUGGAGACUGUUGCCCGGAAAGCUUUGACUUUAUUGCUGUCCAUUUGUGUGCCAGGCCUCUAUCUGGUUCUGGUGGCUCUGGACAGCAUGGAAUACGUCCGUACCUUUCGUAGAAAGGAGGACAUGAGGGGUCGGCUCUUCUGGGUGGCUUUGGACUUGCUGGACCUGCUGGAUAUGCAGGCAAACCUUUGGGAGCCGCAGCGGACGGGUUUGCCCAUUUGGGCGGAAGGUUUGAUGUUCUUCUACUGCUACAUUUUGCUUCUGAUUCUUCCCUGCGUGUCCCUGAGCGAGAUCAGCGUGCAGGGCGACCACGUGUCCCCCCAGAAGAUGAUGCUCUAUCCUCUUCUCAGUCUGGUCACCAUCAACAUCGUCACCAUCCUAAUACGUGGCGUCAACAUGGUACUCUUUCAGGACAGCCGGGUUUCCACUAUCUUCGUUGGCAAGAACGUGGUGGCCAUCGCGACCAAGGCGUGCACCUUUCUCGAGUACCGGAAACAAUCUAGAGAAUUCCCGAAUCGAGAGAACGCAACCGGAAUUCCCAUGGAAGUCCAGCAGAACUCGGUGGGACAUGGACAAGCUUUGCCAAAUGCUACGAGCCUCCCACAUGAACCCACCCCAGCACGGGAGAUUAUGGAUACAUGACCAAGGAGCCAAAACCAUGGAUUUUCUUUAACUGAAACUACCAGAUACGAACUGUUGAACUGUUUUGGGGUGUUUUUGGUCCAGCAUUACGAGGUGCUCGGUCCUCUUGUGGACUGAGGUAACUCAGCCAAAUAUGAGCUGUAUUGUUCCAAGAAAAACAUUCAGUGUUUUAUAAUUCAUUCUCCACAACUGGCAAUGAAGAACCAAGUGCUGUUUUCUUUCUGUACAGUAGCUGAAUGACUGUGAUGAAAAAUACUUUUCCUGUUUGAGAGACUAAACUCUUGUUUCCACAUCCACUUUGUGUGUCUGGCUUCCUGUUGUCAUGGUGCAUCAGAUAUUUACCUCUCUUGCAAGUACUGAAUGGGAGAACGGAACUAGAGUGCAAUGAGUUUAUUAUUGAGGGUUAGGUGAGGUUGAUGUUUGUGACCAAUUUCGGGGAGUAGUCCUACAUGCCUGCAGUAUGUGUUUGCGCUUGUGCUGCGAUGUGUUGACAUUUAAAGAAAUGAGAAUGAGAGGGAAAUGUAAGAAAUUUGUGUCCGAUGACCUUUAUGGAAUUAUUUAGGAAAAAGUCAGUGAAUGCACUUCCACUUGGUUGGUAUAUGGAUUAUUAUUGUUAUCAUUGUUAUUAUAAUUAUUAUUAUUAUUAUAUAUACCACUUGUGUACUUGCUUUUUUACAUUUUUGU